AUGGCGCUGCGUUCGGCACGGCUUGCCGAUGAAAUUGAGCAGGAACAAAAUGAAUUAGGAAAAGAAGAUUUGAAAAUUGCUUUGGAAGGGGUUUGGCAUUCAUUGAGGAAAUCAAUCGCAAGGGCGAAAUACGAAUCUUAUAGGCAGGCUUUGAAUGGGCAGAACAGAAGUGAUGUUAAAUUAGGCCUUCCUGACGAGUCGAUUGGUGGCUUACGACGUGAAGACGCCGCAGUUUCAUAUUGUAUUCCUGAUUCCUACAUUUGUGCAACUGUACACAACACACUGCAACCCAAAGAAUGCGUGUCACUAUCAAAAGAGUCAAGUGAAAUGGUGGAACCGGCUACAUCGCCUGUUGAUGCUUGCUCGCAGUGA